UUCCAUUCUUCCUCUUUAGUCUCAAAUCUCUGUUCCCCUUGAAGCUAUGGAACGGAGCUUCCUUCUUUCUGGAGCAAAGGUAAAUCUUUAAUCCCUUUCUACACUGUUUGGACCUUCAAUAUCUUGAAUUCUCUGAGAUGAGCUCAAUAUUUAGAAGAAAACUACCACUUCGCACUAUCACUAGAACAAACAAGAGAAAAACAUUCUUGGACUCAUUUCUUAAACAUCCUCAAAAAUUAUAUACUUGUCUUCCUAGGCCUAUAAAUCAGAGACCCUUUUCGACGAAAAAAUUCCCAGAGUAUGAAAUGCCUUCAAUAACAUGGGGAAUAAUGCAAGGGAAUAAGGAAAAAUUGGUGUCUAAGGUCAUAAUUUGUGACUAUUUAAAGAGUAUUGGUAUAGUCCCUGAUGAAUUAGAACACCUAGAAUUGCCAUCCACACUUGAAAUCAUGCGUGAACGUGUCGAAUUUCUUCGGAAACUUGGCUUAACUAUUGAUGAUAUUAAUGAGUACCCUUUGAUGCUUGGAUAUAGUGUUAGGAAAAAUGCAAUUCCUGUUUUAGCUUACUUAGAAAGAAUUGGGAUUGAAGGAUCAAGACUUGGUGAAUUUGUUAAAGUUUAUCCACAGUGUCUUCAUGCUAGUGUUGUAAUUGAGCUUGUUCCGGUUGUGAAGUUUUUACGAGGGCUUGAUGUGGACAAAGAUGAUAUUGGGGGUGUUUUAAUGAAAUAUCCGGAGUUGUUAGGGUUUAAGCUCGAGGGAACAAUGAGUACUUCGGUAGCUUAUUUGGUUAGUAUAGGGGUUAAUCCGAGGGAUAUAGGGCCAAUAGUAACACAAUAUCCUUAUUUAUUAGGAAUGAGAGUUGGGACAAUGAUUAAACCGUUUGUGGAGUAUUUGGUUUCGUUGGGUGUGCCAAAGAAAGUUGUAGCGAGGAUGCUUGAGAGACGGGCGUAUAUACUUGGACAUGAUCUUGAAGAGACGGUGAAACUGAAUGUAAAUUGCUUGCUUAUUUUUGGAAUUAGUAGGGAAGCUUUGCCUUGUGUUAUUGCACAGUAUCCACAAAUUCUUGGCUUGCCUUUGAAAGCUAAGCUGUCAUCACAACAGUAUUUCUUUAACUUGAAACUCAAGAUCGAUCCUGAUGGUUUUGCUCGUGUUAUUGAGAGGAUGCCACAAAUUGUUAGCCUCCACCAGCAUGUGAUAUUGAAACCUGUCGAGUUCCUUCUUGGGCGGGGUUUUUCAGUUGAAGAUGUGGCUAAGAUGAUCAUAAAAUGUCCUCAGUUAGUUGCUUUACAAGUUGGCCUCAUGAAAAAUAGCUAUUACUUUUUUAAGAGUGAUAUGGGCAGGCCAAUGAAAGAACUUGUGGACUUUCCAGACUACUUCACUUAUAGUUUGGAAUCAAGAAUCAAGCCAAGGUAUGAGAGGUUGCGAAGCAAGUUGAUCAAAUGUUCUUUGGCUUGGCUUCUUAAUUGCAGCGACCAAAGAUUUGAAGAGAGAUUGUAUGGUGAUUAUAUAGAACUUGAAAGUUCUGGUCCAUCAUUUUGUAUGGGUGGGAAGUUAGAGAUGUCAGGCAGUGAUAUUGUAUCAGAAGAAGAGAUGGAGAGUGAUGAUGAAACACUUUAUAGACGCACUGUCUCUCUGUAAGAACUUUGUACUAAUACUCAAAGAAUCAAUCAAAUGGAUCGGACAAAUAAGCCCAAUGGACAGCAGGAGUUCAGUCGGCUGAAUAGAAGGGCAAGCCCAGGUCGGCUGCAUAAGGAAAGGAAUUAAAGAUAGGCUACUGCGUAUUUUUGGAACAAAAUCAGUUUUACUCAAGCAUUUAAAUCAGCACAAUCAUGGUGAGUCAAGCAUUAAAUCAAAUCUACUAUACAAGAAAACAAGUACCACUCCAACAAGGCAAAUGACGCACAAGGAAAGCAGUUGUACAACCUUUAUUUCUCAUCAACAACGUACAAGGAAAGAAGCAUCUGCCAACCAGGCUGAUACCAUAGAAGGAAAGGAUCAUUACAAGUCUUAAUAAGCUCUUGCUUUAUUCUUGGAAAUUAAGAUCCUCAAAUAUUCCUAAUUCUCAAGGGUCAAAUCUCUUGGGUUGAUAUCUCUGCAAAAAUAGAGUCUAACGGCUAAACAUGUGAAGACUAUUUAUUCGAGGCUCCAGAGACAGAAAAUUAUACAGUUGUCUCAUACUCUCAAGUUCUCUGCCUUACUUUUCACAAACAUUGUAUUCUUGAGUGAUAUAGUGUAAACAAAAAAGAAAGGAGAGAUAUAGAAUAGUUUGUGAGGCAUUGUAUCAAAAAGAAUUCGAGUGUAGACGUAGGAGCUCCAUUCAAACAAACCAUUGUACCAAAACAUUUAUAAAGAGCUGCAGAGAACACCUUUGCAACCCAGGGGGACUGGACUAGGAUUCACAUUGAAUCUGAACCAGUAUAAAAUAUCUGUGUCAAUUUUAUUUCUGCAUUUU